AUGAUGAAACGAAGUGUGGGACUUUUGUUUUUCGCGCUGACAUUCGUCGUCUUUCUUUUAAGCUGCGGCAUUUCCGUCACCGAAGGCGCUCGAUUGUUGAAGCAAAAUUACGAUGAGGAGGACGCCGGAGACGAGAUUGGUGAAAUGAACGCGAUGCAGAGAAAAACCACUAAGAAUGAAGAGGAUGAUGACCAAGCCGCAAUCUACGCCGCCAAACUAGAAGAAGAAGAGAUAGAAAACACACAGUUGAGUAACGAAGAGGAGAGCGAACUCGAGCAAGUCGAAGAAGAAGUCGCCAAGGAAGCCUCGGAAAUGUCCUCCUCCUCCUCCUCCUCCUCCUCCUCCUCUGAAGUUGCCUCAUCGGGCGACAGCAGCGAAAACACAGAAAACAUGGAACUCUCGAAAUCAGACGAUACAAACGGCGGGAGACUUUCCGAGGAGGAAAUUUUGGAAGAAAAUCGAAGGAUGGCGACAAAGGUUUGGGAAGGCAUCACCGGACAACCGGAAGGGAAAGAGAAGGAUUUAAUUGAUAAAAUCGUCGAAGCCCACUCACUCGAAAGCACGCCGAUGGAUGGUUUUCUCAUGGAGAAUGCGGAUUCAGAAUGCGGACCUUCCGGUCCUUUCGCGUUACUGACGCUCUGGAACUCCGUUGAUGAGUUUAAGCGGCAGAAAAUUAUUGAUUUCUUCUCCCAAAAUGACGACGAGGUGUCGACGAGCAAUCCAACCUGGAGCACCGUCGCCGUGAAAUCGUUGAAGCUUUCGGGUGUUUUCUCCACUCGGUUCGCCGGCGAAGGCGAAUCGAAACGCGAGUGCAUUGCUAAUUUCCUUACUAAUAACAAAAUGCGACAACUCGAAGACGUAAACAGAGCAAAGGGAAUCGAGACCUCUCGUCCGCAUCAAACCGAACGACAGCGUGAUUUAGCGAAAGGCAAACAGGCGAGACUCUUGCGCGACUACGUUCUGACCAAGAUUCUUCCAUCCGCACAGACUCUCGAGGCCAGAGGUGCUAAUGACGAAGCAACUGUUCUCGUCCUCGCGCUAAACUGCAAAGUUGAGAAAAGACGCGCACUUUUAUUCGCGCUGUUCGAUGCCGUGAUUUCUACGUUCAAGUUGAAUGCCAACGACGUCGCUUUGAGCUUGGGAAGACGUCACGUCACGCAGGACAUGUAUGAACUCAUCAACCAAACCCCAGGGGACAUGCUCGGAGAAGAGCGAGGUGAUAAAUUGAGCUACACGCGUGGCGACGAUCCAAUUGUAGUCAAAGCAGGUAUUUGCCCGACGCUGGUUGGGAAACACGAUGUUGAUGAGAACGCAAACGAGGGCGGCGAAGGAUUUGGAGACGAAAGGGAUCACUUGCAGCGAGCGCACGCGCAAGCUCGGGAUCAUUUCGCGCCGCAUCGCACCGAAAAUCAUCACGACCCUACAAAUCCACACCAUCAGCAUACGCACGGUUCACACCAAAUGGGUUCACUUCCAGGUAUGCAAAGUGUUUUUGGCGGAGAUGACAUGAAAAUGCUCGGAGGCAGCAGCGGAAAAAGAGGAAGUUCCAACAAUCAAGCGAAGCAAAUGGGGAUGUCGGCGUUCGGUAUCAGCGACCAUUCGGCCAUGCAGAGUCCAAGAUCCCGAAGCAACGAAGGAAGGACACAACCUAAAUCCAAUUACGUGCCAACUUUAGAAGAUCCACUUCAAGGGUACAUGAAUAGUCAUCCAGCUCCUCGAAGACACCGAGCGAGAGGAGUAGGGAGAAGUGAAACGUUGUAA